AUGACUCUAUUAUAUGUUGAUGAAGAGAAAGAUGAAGAAGAUGAGCCUGAAGAAGGUUUUGUUCAAACAGAUAUCCAUGACACAACGGCAGAAAUUUAUCGAACUGGUCGAUCGAAAUUCUCAAUAGCUCAAGAUGAAAUGGAUCCAGUUGAAAUGGAAAAAUACUUAAAAGAACGUUGUGGACCAAAAAGUCGAGUAAUGCGUGAAGAUCAAAUUCCAGAUGAAAUAAUUCAACAAAGUUUAUAG